AUGUCGGCACUAGAAUACAUAACUAGCGACUAUUCGAUGGGCAUAUUGAAACGGAAACUAGGAGUUGACAGUUUAGAAGAACGAAGAAUACGAUUGCAGCCCCCGGUACGCGAUUUUGAAACGACCAACGAGUAUUACCAGCGCAGUAACCCUACGGCAAUAAUACCUCUUUCGCCGGUAGUGAGAAGUUUCAGCGCUCGAUACAAUGACCUACAAAUUCAAAACAAUAAAUUGACUGAAACAAAUCGCAUACUAGAGGAACAACAUCAGACCGUUCUCGAUAACAACCAAAUCUUUCUUGAGAAAAUAUCAGCUCUAGAGAGAGACAAAAAAAUCUACUUACAACAAAAGGCAAAUCUCUUCAUAGGAAAUAUGUUGAUAGAACUUGUGAAGAAAAUAUCGCCAAAGGAUACACCAGCAAGUUCUAAAAAGACGCCCCAGGUAGAUAACCACGACUUCUCUACCCACAGACUUAGCCAGCGAGCUGCGGACUUGAAGGGAAAAGACUUUAGGAAAUUCAAUAUCCAGAGCAAAUAUUGGAAGACAAUUCGAAAUUUGAAGAAGUACGUCGUUACCCACAAUACUCAUGCUUAUGAAUCCUAUGAAGAAUUUGCUAGGGUCCUUAAGGACCCCUGCAUGGAGUCCUAUUACAUCGAGUGGAGUGGUUUAUUCCACGCUACUUAUGAGGAAACCGUGGAAAGCGUUGUCGAGAGAUGUGGUCAGCUGUUUGUACUAGAAAAGUGA